AUGGGUUUGCCUUGGUAUCGUGUUCAUACCGUUGUAUUGAAUGAUCCCGGCCGGUUACUUUCUGUCCAUAUAAUGCAUACAGCUCUAGUUUCUGGUUGGGCCGGUUCGAUGGCUCUAUACGAAUUAGCCGUUUUUGAUCCCUCUGACCCAGUUCUUGAUCCAAUGUGGAGACAAGGUAUGUUCGUUAUACCUUUCAUGACUCGUUUAGGAAUAACGAAUUCCUGGGGUGGUUGGAGUAUCACAGGAGGGACUAUAACGAAUCCGGGUAUUUGGAGUUACGAAGGUGUGGCCGGGGCACAUAUUCUGUUUUCUGGCUUGUGCUUCUUGGCAGCUAUCUGGCAUUGGGUAUAUUGGGAUCUAGAAAUUUUCUGUGAUGAACGUACAGGAAAACCUUCUUUGGAUUUGCCCAAGAUCUUUGGAAUUCAUUUAUUCCUCUCAGGGGUCGCUUGCUUUGGGUUUGGCGCAUUUCAUGUAACAGGCUUGUAUGGUCCUGGAAUAUGGGUGUCCGAUCCUUAUGGACUGACUGGAAAAGUACAAUCUGUAAAUCCCGCGUGGGGUGUAGAAGGUUUUGAUCCUUUUGUUCCGGGAGGAAUAGCCUCUCAUCAUAUUGCAGCAGGUACCUUAGGCAUAUUAGCGGGCCUCUUCCAUCUUAGUGUCCGCCCGCCUCAACGUCUAUACAAAGGAUUACGUAUGGGUAAUAUUGAAACUGUCCUUUCCAGUAGUAUCGCUGCUGUCUUUUUUGCAGCUUUCGUUGUUGCUGGAACUAUGUGGUAUGGUUCAGCAACAACCCCGAUCGAAUUAUUUGGUCCUACUCGUUAUCAAUGGGACCAAGGAUAUUUCCAGCAAGAAAUAUAUCGCAGGGUUAGCGCCGGGCUAGCCGAAAAUCAGAGUGUAUCAGAAGCUUGGUCUAAAAUUCCCGAAAAAUUGGCUUUUUAUGAUUACAUUGGUAAUAAUCCAGCCAAAGGGGGAUUAUUCCGAGCGGGUUCAAUGGACAGCGGGGAUGGAAUAGCCGUUGGGUGGUUAGGACAUCCUAUCUUUAGAGAUAAAGAAGGCCAUGAGCUUUUUGUACGUCGCAUGCCUACUUUUUUUGAAACAUUUCCAGUAGUUUUGGUAGACGGAGAUGGAAUUGUGAGAGCCGAUGUUCCUUUUAGAAGGGCAGAAUCCAAGUAUAGUGUCGAACAGGUAGGUGUAACUGUUGAGUUCUAUGGCGGUGAACUGAAUGGAGUCAGUUAUAGUGAUCCUGCUACCGUGAAAAAAUAUGCUAGACGUGCUCAAUUGGGCGAGAUUUUUGAAUUAGAUCGUGCUACUUUGAAAUCCGACGGUGUUUUUCGUAGCAGUCCAAGGGGUUGGUUCACUUUUGGGCAUGCCUCAUUUGCUUUGCUCUUCUUUUUCGGACACAUUUGGCAUGGUGCUAGAACUUUGUUCAGAGAUGUUUUUGCUGGUAUUGACCCAGAUUUGGAUUCUCAAGUGGAAUUUGGAGCAUUCCAAAAACUUGGAGAUCCAACUACAAAGAGACAGGUAGUCUGA